AUGGCGCGCUCCCGGAGCUCCUCCUUUUCGGAGGACGACCUUAAGAUAAUCGGUUCGCAAGCGAUAAGCUCCCAGCUCGCGGACAUGAGUCUCAAUCAGACUCCCAGCCAGUCCCCCGCCCGACCAUUGGGCCUCAACAGCGCCGCCAUCGACCUGACGCACAGCCCUGCGACCAAGGCUCCGACAUUUGGCCACCCCACUCUGAUGCACUCGCAGAUCAAGCAGCAGAAGAAGAAGGAGAGCAGCAUGUUUUACCAGCCGAAGAACAGGCCUGAGCACCAUAGAGCGGUACACAGGGUGGCAGGUCCACUGGCACCCAAGUACGAGGACAAGAAGCCUACCCCGCCUCAGCUGUAUAGCUCCCUACCUUCGCUCGACGCUGCCCCGACAUACACCCCGUCAGCCUACAACGACGUGCACUUCUAUACAGACCCCGCAAAGGCGUCUGCGGAUCUCAAGGCUCUGCUUGAAGGCGGCAUGGAAGAGGAGGAUGAAGACAAGGUAGCCCACGAAGGACUGGAAGAUGGCGUGCUUGAGGGUGUCAAGGUCAAACUCUUGCCACAUCAAGUCGAGGGCGUAGAGUGGAUGAAAGGUCGUGAGCUUGGUCCUAUCAAGAGGGGAAAACUGCCAAAAGGCGGCAUUCUAGCCGAUGAUAUGGGUCUGGGCAAGACUUUGCAGUCAAUCUCUCUGAUCAUUAGCAACCCGAAGCCAAAGCACGACGAGAAAGGCUGGAAGAAGCAUUUCGACCAGGUCGAGCGAGCUACCCUUGUGGUUGCGCCCCUUGCGCUGAUUCGGCAGUGGGAGACCGAGAUUAAGGAGAAGGUGUCUAACAGCCAUCGACUCACGGUCUGUGUGCAUCAUGGCCCGAACCGAACCAAGAGGUUCCAAGACCUUGCGCGAUAUGACGUUGUCAUCACCACAUACCAGAUUCUGGUAUCCGAGCAUGGCCAGUGCAAGGACUCAGUGAUGGCUGGUUGCUUCGGUUUGCACUGGUACCGAGUGAUUCUGGAUGAGGCUCAUAGCAUCAAGAAUCGCAACGCCAAAGCUACGAAGGCGUGCUGCGCGCUGCGGUCAGAAUACCGCUGGUGCUUGACCGGUACGCCGAUGCAGAACAACCUCGAUGAGCUACAGAGCCUGGUCAAUUUCCUGAGAAUUACGCCCUAUGAUAACCUGUCGGAAUGGAGAGCCCAUAUCGAUGCGCCCAUGAAGAGCGGCAAGGGCCACAUCGCAAUCCGGAGACUGCAUAGUCUCUUGCGCUGCUUCAUGAAGCGGCGUACGAAAGAAAUCCUCAAGGAGGAGGGCGCCCUCAAUCCAGGCGGCAAGAAGGCCCUCGAAGCCGCUGCCAAGAGUGGAGGCCCUGCUGCUCCAGCUCCUGCGUUCAAGGUGACGGAGCGCAAGGUCAUUACCAUGUCUGCCGAGUUCUCGCCUGCUGAGCGCCAGUUCUAUGACCGGCUCGCGGAGCGUGCCGACAAGAGUCUCGAGAAGAUGAUGAAGGGCAAAGUCAACUAUGCUAAUGCUUUAGUCUUGCUGCUUCGACUACGGCAGGCAUGCAACCACCCAAGACUGGUGGAUGGCAAGCUGGAGAAGGACAAGGAUGCGCUUUCCACCGACACUACUACGACUGUGCAGCCCAAGGCUGCAGAUGACGACCUCGACGCGCUUGCCGAUGCUUUUGGCGGCAUGGGGAUCCAGACGAAGCAAUGCGAUGUGUGCAUGAGCGAGCUCUCCAAGGACGCUGCCGCCGACGGCAGGGCCAUCUGUGAUGCGUGUGCUGAGGACCGCGCCCAAUUCGACCAGGAUAGUCCUGAGCGGAAGCGGUCAAAGAAGAAGAAGGUCAAGAAGGUCGUGCAAGAGGAAGUCAAGGUGGAGGUCAAGAAGAGGAAACCGAGGAACCGGCGUGCCAUUAUUGACAGCGACGAUGAAGAGGAAGCUGGGAGCUGGCUGGUCCCGGAGGAUGAGCAAGGAUCUCUCCACCUAGGCAAGGCUGGUGGCGAGGAGGACGAGAAUGCGGAAGGUGGGGGCGACUGGAUCAACUCGGACGACUCGAUACAUCGUUCCGAGGACGAAGACGAUGGUAGCCGCCUGUCCAGCUUCGUCGUGGAUGACGAGGGUGGCGCAGAUAAGAGCAAGGCCGAUGCCACUGCUGAUGACGAUACGUUCCUUUCCAUCGCAAAGGUUCACUCUCAAGUUGUCGAAGAGAAGAAGCGCUCGCAGGCCUCUGCAUCUGACACGGGCUCGGAGACGGAGUACGAGUCAGCAGACGAGGACACGGGCGUAUCGGAAUCGGAUAUCGAUUCCGAUGACACCGGCCGAUUCCUCCAUAAUAAGCCAGGCCGCCUGACAUCGCGCGUCAAGGGAGGCUCCUCGGCAUCAAAGCACACCAUGCAGUCUGCCAAGAUCCGCCAGCUCGUAGAGAUCCUGCACAAGGAGGUCCACGAGCACAAGUUUAUCGUCUUCUCUCAGUUCACCUCGAUGCUGGACCUCGUCGAGCCCUUCUUCCGCAAGGAAGGGUUCAAGUUCACGCGCUACGACGGCGGCAUGAAGAACGACGCGCGCGAGGAGAGCCUGCACCGCCUGCGCAACGAUGCCGGCACGCGCAUCCUGCUGUGCAGCCUCAAGUGCGGCUCGCUGGGCCUCAACCUGACGGCCGCCACGCGCGUCGUCAUCCUCGAGCCCUUCUGGAACCCCUUUGUCGAGGAGCAGGCCAUUGACCGCGUGCACCGCCUCACGCAGACGGUCGACGUGGUCGUCUACCGCCUGACGGUCGCGGGCACCGUCGAGGAGCGCAUCCUCGAGCUGCAGGACAAGAAGAGGCUGCUGGCCGAGCAGGCCAUCGAGGGCGGCAUGCGCAAGAAGAACGCGCUUAAGCUCGGCCUCAACGAGAUUCUGGAUCUAUUCAAGCACGACGGCGCCGCUGCCGGCGGCGGCGGCGGCAGCAGGAUGGACUACUACACGGGCAACGUCGGCACGGACGGCACGGCGGCGGUGCAGGAUGUGGGUGGUGUCAUGAGCGGUAUGCGCAGGGGAGGAGGCGUCGCGGUCGAGAAGCCCAAGGCCAGGGAUCCUGUGUACGACCGGCGAUGGUAA